AGACAACAAGCUGCUGCCAACCAUUGACUUUGUAGCAAAAUAAGACCAGCUCCACUUGAGUUUAAAUAUAACACAACCAAAGAGCAACAUCAAGGAAAAUUUAUAUUCCCAGCUUCAUACAUACUAUUGCAAUUUCCAAUUUCCAUGGCCAUUAUCACUGAAAUACAAGAAGAAGAAGCAGCAACAACAACAACAACAAAGUAUGAUGUUUUCCUGAGUUUCAGAGGGAAAGACACUCGUCUUGGUUUUGUUGAUCACCUCUACCAAGCUUUGGUGAAUGAAAACAUUUCUACCUUUCUUGAUGAGGAAGAGUUUGAAUCUGGGGAAGAACUUAAACCUGAGCUUGAAAGAGCUAUAAAAAGCUCUUGUGCUUCGAUAAUUGUGUUGUCUAAGAACUUCGCAUCUUCAACAUGGUGUUUAGACGAGUUGGUGAUGAUCCUUGAGCAACGAAAGGUCUUCGGCCAUAUUGUUCUCCCCAUCUUCUACAACGUUGAGCCCACCCAUAUCAGGAAGCAAGAAAGCACUUUUGGAGAAGCGUUGUUUAAACAUAAACAAAGGAUUGAGAACGAAAAGGAUGAGGAGAAGAAAAUUCAAGGUGCUCGUAAGUUGGAGAAGUGGACGAAAGGACUUACAGAAAUUGCUGAUUUGAUAGGAAAAAAUGCAACUGGGAGACGAGAGACUGUGUUCAUUGAAGAAGUCGUGAAUGAAAUUAGUAGUAAACUGGAGCCACACUUGCAGAUGAGAAUCCCACGCCUAAUUGGGAUGGACAAUCUUAUUACUUCCAUCGGUUCCUGGUUAAAAAGCGGAUCAACCAAAACUGCUGAAAUUCUCACAAUUUGGGGAAUGGCUGGGAUCGGAAAGACAACUUUUGCAAAACAUAUGUAUAAAUUGCACGAACACAAGUUUGAAAGAAGAAGCUUUGUUGAGGACAUUGGAAGAAGAUGUGCACAACAGACAUGUUCGAAACUAGAUUUGCAAAAACAGCUUCUAGGAGACAUUCUAAAGAAAAAAAAGAUUGAACCACAUAAUGUAGAUCUGAGCACAUCUAAGAUUGAAAAAGCAUUAUUGAGGAAAAAGACGCUUCUAGUUCUAGACGAUGUUGAUAACAUUGAUCAACUGGAAGCGUUGAUUGGAACAAAAGGGUUUCAUCCAGGAAGUAAGAUUAUAGUAACAACCAAAGAUGGGUCCAUAACAGAAAAGUGUUCAUUGUUUCGCAUGCCAUAUCCUCCAGAACAUGAAAUUCUUGCACUUUGGGGCUUAAGUGAUAGGGAAUCUCUUAGACUUUUGUGUUGGAAUGCAUUUGGAAGCAUUCAUCCCAUGAAAGGUUUUGAGAAAGAAGCACAACGGGCUGCAAAGUAUUGUGUAGGACAUCCAUUGGCACUUGAAGUUUUGGGUAGGUCAUUAGCUAAUGAAGAUAUAGCCACAUGGAAUGAUGUCCUUGAAAUGUUGAAGGCAAAAGUAGAUUUAACUGGUGUAAAAAAGAUUCUACAAAUCGGCUUUGAUACAUUACCAGAGAACUGCAAAGAACUGUUUAAGCAUAUUGCAUGUUUUUUUGUUGGAACAGAUAGAGUAGUUGCAGAAACAAUAUUAAAAGGAUGCGGUAUCCAGACAUCAUAUGGGAUCCGAAAGCUAAUUGAUAGAUGUCUUCUUACGAUUGAAAAAUAUAAUGUGUUGGCGAUGCAUCAGUUGGUUCAGGAUAUGGGUAGAGAUUUAGUCGUCGGAGAAUCACCUGAAAAGCCAUGGAAGCGAAGUCGUGUAUGGAAUCAUGAAGAAUCCCUGGAUUUGUUAGAAAAAGACAAGGCUUCGAAGAAAAUUCAAGGUCUUAUGCUUGACAUGAAACUUUUGGGGAAAGUGCAUACCUUCAAAGAUGAUGAUCACAAGAAGAAUUUUAGAGUUGUUCAAUCCAUCCCGAUGGUUUAUAUCGUUUUCUUAAGGAUUUGGUUGUUUUUUGCUCGGCUUGUCCUAAUGUUUUCGUCUUCUUAUAGUAAAAAUGUGGAACUAAGAACAGAUGUGUUACAAAAGAUGGAUAAGUUAAAGCUGCUCCAACUCAAUCAUGUAAAAAUCAGCGGAUACUACAAGAAUUUUCCAAAAGAUUUAAGAUGGUUGUGCAUGCAUGGAUUCCACUUAAAGUACAUACCUUCAGACUUACCAAUGGAUAAUUUAGUUGCUCUUGACAUGUCUUACAGUAAUCUAAGACGACUUUGGAAUAAGCCAAAGCUUCUUGGGUCAUUGAAGAUUCUUAAUCUGAGUUAUUCCAAGCUUGUUAAAGCUGAAGGAUUCUCUUGGCUACCUGCUCUUGAGAGGUUGAUUCUUAGAAGCUGUGAAAGAUUGGUUUAUCUGUGUGAGUCAAUUGGUAGUUGUAAUAGCCUUGUUAUUCUUGACAUGAGCAAAUGCACUAAGCUUGAAAAGGUUCCAAUUAUCAUUAGCAAAUUAAAAAAUGUGAGAACUCUAUCAUUAGAAGGUUGCUUGGGUGCUAGUGAAUUUCUAAUGCAGAUGAAGGAUAUGGAGUCGUAUGCAUCUUCCUCUUCCAUUACAAAAUUUGUACCAAAAAGUCCAAAAUCAUUUUUAAUUUCCUUUCCAUCUUCACUAGUAACCUUGUCGCUUAUAGACAAUAAUUUAUCUAGUGAGUCCUUUCCAAAGGACUUUAGUAGCAUGUCAAUGGUGAAGAAAUUACGUUUAGAUGGGAAUCCUAUUGUUACGUUGCCGGAUUGUGUGAGAAGCCUUAUCAAGCUCGAGGAACUCUAUGUUGGGCGAUGUUCGAUGUUAAAGUCACUUUUGUGCCCUUCACCUACAAUCAAACAUUUGUUGACUCAACAUUGUGCGACACUUGAUAAAAUAACAUUCCCUCAAGAAAUGGCCACACUACCAGUUGUGUAUUUCAAAGAUUCAGUGUCAUUGACUGAAAUUCAAGGCAUUAUGAAAUUUCAAUUUAUAGCACAAGUUGAAGAUCAGAUACUUUGUAGCUUGGGGUGGACAAAUGUAGAAGACGUGAAAGGUCUUAAGAUGCAAAUCUGGGAUUCGGGGAGAUGGCCUAUUGCCAAGAAGUUACCAAUCCAUAUGUUUUAUGAAUUUGGAAUAUUUAGCACAUGUUUUCCAGGAAAAGUGGUUCCAGAAUGGUUGGCUCAAAAAAGCAAUGGGACAGGGGUGGUUAGUUCUUUGAGAAUAAGAAUACAAAAUGAGACAAAAAAUCGCACCUGGAUAUAUUAUGGUUAUAUAUUUGCUGUCCAAGAAGGUGAUGAAGAUAUAGUAUGGUUAAGCCACUGGAUGUUUAGGAACAAUGAGAUUGAAAAUGGUGAUAAAGUUAGUGUUACAAUAGUAGAAGAAGAGGAAGAUGGUGGGAUAAUGGUAAGAGAGUGUGCAGUCAGCCCUGUGUACAAUGACGGAGACAAUAAAGAAGAUCCUUUGAGUUAUUACAAGUCGUGGAAACAUAUCAUUGGUGGAGAUCUAUCUGAUUUUCAAUUAACAUCAGGAGAUUACUUCCUAAUCCAUGAUCGUUUUUUCCAUCCUCCCUAUAGAUUUAAAAUGCUCUUUGAACAUAAAACAACUUCUAAUUUAGUUGGGUAUACUCCCCAAUAUAAAGACGAGGAUGCAAAUAGAAGCGAACAUGAUAAUCAAUAUAGACCUACAAAAUGUGUCAUGUUCUGUGAGGUUGGAGUUGAGUUUUUCCAGCCCUAGGUUGCAGUUUUACCGUGAUAGCCUAGCUAGGUUUAUUAUUGUGUAUUGUGGCUAUAAUAUUAGUGUGCAUAGUUGCAUAUGAUUAUUUAGUGCAAGUUGUUAAGCCAUGUAUUGUGUUAUAUUAAAGCCCACUGUACUAUGUAUAUAUUGCCUUAUUUUUAAUGAAAUCGGUAUGGGAAAAUAUUAGGUC